CCGAGGUCAACACCGAGCUUUGAUGUCGUCGCUCCGCGCGCUCCUCAUCGCCGCCGCCGCCGCGACUUCCGGCGCGCGCACAGUGGUGCCGCAGCCCGCCGCGCUCACGCGCCUCCAGCGCCUUCGCGGCGGCAACGUCCUGGCCACUCCACCCGACGGCUUUGACGGCGCAGUCGCAGCCGGGAGCAAAAAGGCCGCGAUGCCUGCAGACAAGGUGUUCCGGCUGGGCGUCUUCUCGGGCGUGCACAUCGGCUUUGGCGCGCUGCUGAUGCUCACCGUCGGCGGUGCCUGCCCCGGGCUCGCCGAGUCCAACCCGGGCCUCCAUAAGCUGGUGCUGGGCGCAUUCGGCCUCCCUUUCGGGCUGAUGAUGACGCUGCUCUCGGGCGCGGAGCUCUUCACGGGCAACACGGCGCUUGUGACGAUGGCGCUUAUCGAGGGCAAGGCCACCACCGCCGGCCUCGUCAAGUCGUGGGUCUCCAGCUACGCCGGAAACCUCGCCGGCUCGCUGCUGCUCGCCGGUCUCGUCUCGGCGGCGGGCGUCCUCGCGGGCGGGGGCGCUGCGGCCGCCAAGGUGGCCGUGGCGAAGACGUCGGGCGCCUUCCUCCCCACCCUCCUCAAGGGCGUGCUCUGCAACUGGCUCGUCUGCAUGGCCGUCUACCUCGCCUCCUUCGCCAAGGACGCCGCGGGCAAGAUGGUGAUCAUCGGGUUCAUCAUCUCCUCCUUUGUCGCGAUGGGCCUCGAGCACUCCGUCGCCAACAUGUUCCUCAUCCCGCUCGGCAUCCUCUCGGGCGCGGACGUGUCGUGGAAGGCCUUCCUGCUCAAGAACCUCCUCCCCGUCACGCUCGGCAACAUCGUCGGCGGCGCUGUCUGCGUCGGGGCCGCCUUCUGCUCCGUCUUUGGGUCCGCCUGAGAGCGCGUGCACAAGGCUUGUGCCUUUCUCCAAGGCUCCAUCUCGAGAUGGCUACUGGCGGAGCGCUCGCAGCGCCCAUGUCCGAUACUCGACGCGACUCCGCCUCCUUCCUGCUUUUCGCCCACACCGCAUAUAGUUCCGCACCCGCCCGCACAGUACGCGUGUUCUCUUCGUCGUGGGUCGCCCCGCGGAGACGAGCGCAGCUGUGCAUGUAUAUGUGGGGGGUGCGCAUAGAGGUAUAGUAUCUUGGUCA